UCAAUAGGAACCCUUGCUGAUAUAUCAUGAAAGGAUACGGUAGCCAGAUUCCAGCCAGUCAUAGGUAAAGAGUGUAAGCGCUACAGUAUUGCACGGGUAUAGCGUACAGGGAACGUUGAACAGCAAUGAUCGUGAGGCGUAACGAGCGUGGCGACAGCGGCUAUGAAAAUCGACAAAAGUUGUGUAUUGUACACAGAGUCGAGAACCAGCGACUUGAGACAGUAGACCAUAAAUAGGAUCAAUGACCAAUAGAAAAGAACUUCGAAGUGUCGAGAAACCAAGCGAGACUUCGGCGACUAUGGAUACAUUCUACCAUCAAUGCCAGUUCCAGACCAGCCCUAUGGCUGUUUGCGGCUCUCGCCAGGGACCAGCCAUAAUACCUAUCAUACAGCAUAUCCCCGGCGGCGCACCGGAUAGGCUACUCGACGCGCGCGACGAGCGGUUCGAAUCGUACGCCACGUCUGCGCUGCGCGAGCCCGGCGGCCACAAAGUGAAGGAAUUCCGGAACGGGCCCCACGCGCCGGACGGCGGCUCGAUGGGCGUUGCGAGCGGGACCGACAUCGACAUCGACCACGAGCUAGCCGGCACAGAUGAGGCGGGCGAGUGCGGCUGUGUGGAUGCCGUGUACUGUGACGGCGUGACUGCUGUGUCUGUGGAGUGCCGCAGGGGGGACGGCUGGAAGAUGAUCCACGAGCGGGGCGUGGGCUCCGAGGAGGGCGUGGGGGACUGGCGGAGCAGUGCGGCGGACGCGGCGCGUGAGGCAGGGAACAUGCUCAUGCUCGGGCUCGAGCCGUUGAAGAGUAGGGACGGACUGGAUGCCGAUCACGCUAUCGAAGGGGUCCGCGCCGUAGCCGAAGACGGAGCCCGGCAUGCUGAAGUGGGCCAUGCAGCGGCGCCUGAGGAAGAGCAGGAGUCCAGCGAGCAACGCGAGAGCGCCAAGCACGCUGCCGACGACCGCGCCGGCAAUGGUUGCGCGGUGGCGGGUCGCACUAGGGAGCUUGAUGACCCUGAGGCCGUGCUCGACGCUGAGCCUGGUAUUCUACCCGAUGAGAAAGGGACGGAUGCUGUUAAGGUAGUCGCCGGGAUUGAUGUGAAUGCGCUAGAAAAAGUGGCAGAGGAAAAUGUCGCCGAUGCAUUUGGGAAAGAUGCUGAUAAAAUAGAGGAAGAGGAGACAACAGACAACAAGGACGAGGUCUGUGAUACAGACGAUGAUACGGGGGUAGUGCUCGAAGAGGAUCCAGCUGAGAUAGUGCUCGUAGGGCCCGAGGAGCUGAUCGACGAGGAAGAAGUCGAUAGAAACACCACGUACCUAGAAGAGGAAGCUGACGCAGAAAGUACAGAGGCCGACGAUGUCGCUAAGGACGAGAGCGACAUAGCGCCUGAAGCUGAGCUUGGGGAACCAGAUCCACAAGGCCCAGAUGUGGACCUAGAGGGCUUGCUCAGUCCACUUUGCGUAGAAGAAGGGGUAGUGCUAGCGCGAGAGAAGGAAGACGAGACCUGGAAUGAGGAAGAGGCCGGCGAGGACGAGAGACCAAGUCGCGCAGCCGAUGGUCUUGAUCUGUGCAUGCCGACGGCUGCGACGCGUUCGCGGUCCUUGCUAAGCGCAUCGAGAGCAGAGCUAGAUCCGCGAUGGUGGAAAACAGAUUAUCGCAGCGCUAAGCAACCGCCGACAGAACCGCAUGUGGGACGCGGUCCGGACUCGGCCGCGUCUGCGCCGGACAUCGCGAGAGAUCGCGAGUCUCCUGAGAACAGAGUAGACAAAUCCUUCCACCUGCGCGGGCUACCCAGGCGUGGCUAG